AUGAGGCAGAGGUUACGCUCGCCAAAAGAUACAACUGUCGUUAGAGAAAUCAUUCCUCUAACACGUGGGGGAAAUGAUUGUGUUGUUUCGAAACUAAGAACAGGAGGAAAACGGAGUCUCAAGAUAGUUAAUUAUCAAAAUUUACAAUCAUCAACAGCUCUAUGUAUACCAGGGCACGAAUCUAGGCAAUAUACAACACAAUUUACUCCCCAGUUCAUGAGACGUUUUCAUUGGAUAUCACAGGCACAUAUACUCUUUCAUUUCUACAUUAUCCAAGAUGACCAAGCACUUAAACUGCGUCAAGAUAUGUGUUUAACAUAUAAUAGUUACAAAGCCGCAAACUCGUAA